AUGUCAUCACCACAAGGAGGAGACGACGAAGAGAGAUAUGUGCCUGAUAUUUAUUCAUCCGAUAAACAGCACAAAUUACAGGAUUCUAAACUAGUUGACUGGGGGGUAUUUUCCGAAAUUUUACAAAUGGAUGAAGACGAAGAAGGGUUUUCUCAACAAUUGGUGGAAACUUUUGUAUCACAAGUUGAAGAAACAUUUGAUAAAAUUGAACAAUAUUUACAGGAAAAAGAUUUAGAGCAGUUGAGUUCUUCCGGUCAUUUCUUGAAAGGAUCAGCUGCAGCUUUAGGAUUGACUUCCAUAUCAGAAGAAUGUGAACGUAUUCAAAACUAUGGGCACAAGAUUAAUUUCGAUAACUUUAGUCAGGCAAAAGGUCAAUCUAAAAAGGAUGUACAGAAGGAAGGCGAUAAAUUAAAAACGACUAAUGGAACCACCACCACGAAUACCACCACCAACACCACCACCACAAAUGAUGGAGAAUCAUCGUCAAAGGAGACUACAAAAGAUACAACAAAAGAUGAUAAAACAUCAUCAAGUAAAAAUACGGGUGGAAAGAGUAUAACGAGUGAAAAUGAUGAUGAAUCAAGUGAUGGUUUCUGGAUAGCAGCAAUUGAAGAUGCAUUAUCUAGAGCUAAGGAUGGAUUUGUCAAAACUAGAAAGGCAUUGGAUGAAUUUUAUGCUUAA